GAAGGAGUGGCUUUGACGGGGGAGCAGCCGAGCGUCACGUACAAACCUGAGUGGAGCUCUGCAGGAGGGACACUUCUUCACCUUCUCCCAGCCAGAGAAAAAGGAGGAGAAGAAGGAGGCAAAGAUCAACCCUGCAGCUGUCCCGGGACAUUCAGAGCAAGGACGUGGGUCACACAGCAGCCGGCGACAUGAGCAAGAAGAUGGAGGACGAGGCCGUGCUGGACCGAGGGGCGUCCUUAGUCAAGCACAUCUGCGACCAGGAGGAGGUCGAGGGUCACCACACAGUCUACAUCGGCGUGCGGGUGCCCAAGAGCUAUCGGCGGCGGAGGCGUCACCGCCGGCGGCCCACGGGCGGCCAGAAGGACAGGAAGGCGGAGAACACGUCCGACAAGUCGGACAACGAGGACGUGGGCAACAGCAUUCUCAAGCCCCUCGUCUCGCCGGCCGCAGAGAGGAUCCGCUUCAUCCUGGGGGAGGAGGAUGACGGCCCGGCGCCCCCGCAGCUCUUCACCGAGCUGGACGAGCUGCUGUCGGUGGACGGCCAGGAGAUGGAGUGGAAGGAGACGGCCAGGUGGAUCAAGUUUGAGGAGAAGGUGGAGAAAGGCGGCGAGCGUUGGAGCAAGCCCCACGUGGCCACUCUGUCGCUGCACAGCCUGUUUGAGCUGCGCACCUGCAUCGAGAAAGGCACCAUCAUGCUGGACAUGGAAGCGUCCACGCUGCCUCAGGUCGUUGAGAUGAUCACCGACAACCAGAUCGAGAACGGGCAGCUGAAGGCGGAGCUGAAGGACAAGGUGACGUACACGUUGCUACGGAAACAUCGCCAUCAGACCAAGAAGUCCAACCUGCGCUCCCUGGCCGACAUCGGCAAAAUGGUCUCCAGUGCAAGUAGGCUGUUUUCCAACCAGGACAACGCCCGUAGUCCUUUGGAGACCUCGAUGACUUGCCUGUCGGGGGGCAUCUCCAUGGAGGACUUGCAGAGCCAAAGGAGCGCCAGCAUGGACUGGCUCAGCAGCCCCUCUCCCACCCACCGCAACCUGACCUCCAGCAGCCUCAACGACAUUUCUGACAAGCCGGAGAAAGACCAGCUGAGGAACAAGUUCAUGAAGAAGUUGCCCAGAGACGCCGAGGCCUCCAACGUGCUGGUGGGCGAGGUGGACUUCCUGGACGCCCCCUUUGUGGCUUUCGUGCGUCUGCAGCAGGCCGUCAUGCUCGGGGCCUUGACCGAGGUUCCCGUUCCCACGAGAUUUUUAUUUGUCCUGCUGGGGCCCAAGGGUCAAGCCAAGUCGUACCACGAGAUCGGACGAGCCAUCGCUACGCUCAUGUCAGACGAGGUCUUCCACGACAUCGCCUACAAGGCCAAGAGUCGCCAGGACCUGCUGGCCGGCAUCGACGAGUUCUUGGACGAGGUGAUCGUGCUCCCUCCCGGCGAGUGGGACCCCGCCAUCAGGAUAGAGCCUCCCAAGUCGCUGCCGUCCUCUGACAAAAGGAAAAACCAGUACGCGGGCGGAGACGCUCAGAUGAACGGCGACACGCCUCAUGACGGAGGUGACGGAGGAGGCGGCGGACACGCGACAGGGGAGGAGCUAGAGAAGACGGGAAGGUUUUGUGGCGGUCUCCGACUGGACAUCAAAAGAAAAGUGCCUUUCUUCCUGAGCGACCUCACCGACGCCUUCCACAUCCAGGCCCUGUCGGCCAUCUUGUUUAUUUACCUGGGCACCGUGACCAACGCCAUCACCUUCGGAGGUCUGCUGGGCGACGCCACAGAGAACAUGCAGGGCGUGCUGGAGAGCUUUCUGGGCACCGCCAUCGCUGGCGGCGUCUUCUGUCUGCUCGGCGGCCAGCCGCUUAUCAUCCUCAGCAGCACCGGACCUGUUCUCGUCUUUGAACGGCUGCUCUUCAACUUCAGCAAAGACAACGAAUUCGACUACCUGGAGUUCCGUUUGUGGAUCGGCCUGUGGUCGGCGUUCCUCUGCCUGCUCCUGGUGGCCACGGACGCCAGCUUCCUGGUCAAGUACUUCACUCGCUUCACCGAAGAGGGCUUCUCGGCGCUCAUCAGCUUCAUCUUCAUCUACGACGCCUUCAAAAAGAUGCUCAAGCUGGCGCACCACUACCCCAUCAACUCCGACUUCCGGAUGGAGCAUGUCACGCAGUACGACUGCCUCUGCAUGGCGCCCACCGUCCUCGAAAACAACUCGGACUUCACCGGCGACCCCUUAGAAGGGACCUCCAUCUGGUUCUGGAACAACACGGAUCUGCCCAUGAACGCCACCUGGUCGUCGCUCACCAGGUCGGAGUGUUUGAAGUACGGCGGCGAGCUGGUGGGCAGGUCGUGCGACACCGUCCCCGACAUCACGCUCAUGUCCUUCAUCCUCUUCUUCGGCACCUACACCUGCUCCAUGGCCCUGAAGAAGUUCAAGACCAGCCCCUUCUUCCCCACCACCGUCCGGAAAAUGGUCAGCGACUUCGCCAUCAUCCUGGCCAUCCUCAUCUUCUGCGGCGUGGACGCCAUGGUCGGCGUGGACACGCCCAAGCUCAUCGUGCCCACCGAGUUCAAGCCGACGAGCCCCCACAGAGGCUGGUUCGUGCCCCCGUUCGGCGGGAACCCCUGGUGGGUGUACUUGGCCUCGGCCCUGCCCGCCCUGCUGGUCACCAUCCUCAUCUUCAUGGACCAACAGAUCACGGCGGUGAUCGUCAACAGGAAGGAGCACAAACUGAAGGCAAGGGCGGGCUAUCACCUGGAUCUGUUCUGGGUGGCGGUCCUCAUGGUGGUGUGCUCCUUCACGGGUCUGCCGUGGUACGUGGCGGCCACCGUCAUCUCCAUCGCUCACAUCGACAGCCUCAAGAUGGAGACGGAAACGUCGGCUCCCGGGGAGCAGCCCAAGUUUUUGGGGGUCAGAGAGCAGAGGGUGACGGGUGUGUGUGUGUUCAUGCUCACCGGACUGUCCGUCUUCAUGGCGCCAAUUUUGAAGUUCAUCCCUAUGCCUGUGCUGUAUGGAGUCUUCCUGUACAUGGGUGUGGCCUCUCUCAAUGGAGUGCAGUUCAUGGACCGCCUCAAGCUGCUGCUGAUGCCGGCCAAACAUCAGCCCGACUUGAUUUACCUGCGCCACGUUCCCCUGAGGAAGGUGCACCUGUUCACCUUCAUCCAGGUGCUCUGCUUGGCCCUGCUCUGGAUCCUCAAGUCCACCGUGGCCGCCAUCAUCUUCCCCGUCAUGAUCCUGGCUCUGGUGGCCGUGAGGAAGGCCAUGGACUGCAUGUUCUCGCAGCAGGACCUCAGCUUCCUGGACGACGUCAUCCCCGAGAAGGACAAGAAGAAGAAGGAGGACGAGAAGAAGAAACGCAGCAGCAUCGACAGCGACGCCGAGGACUUAGACUAUGCUUACAAUGAGAAUGUGCCCAGCAUUAAGAUCCCCAUGGACAUGAUGGAGCAGGAACCCUUCUUAGGUGACAAGGCCUCAGACCCGGAGAAGUCCCCUUCCUUUCUUGAGCGACACACCUCGUGCUGAGCAGCUCCGCUACUACAAGGCCAACUGCUUGUCCAGCCCAGAGAUGCGUCCUCUGAAGCCUGUGCCUCAGAUUAGAAUCGACAUGGACCCAGACGACGCUCAUCCCUUCUACUGGAGGAGCCGAGGAUCCGAAACCUCUUUGUAGGUGCCCCAAAUCCGGAGGGCGGCCCCGGCCUAAAGACCACUAUUUUUUUUUUCUGUGUGUCAUUUAUUCACUCCAAUUUUUAUUUUUGUAAAAACAAGAAAAUCUCCAAAUCAAUCAAUCAAUUAAUCAACCAAUCAAUCAAUCAACACAUGAUCUUUUUAUUCUCCACCAUGCACGGCAUGCAUCUUUUUUUUUUUGUCCUCUAGCUCCACUUUUCUACGGUACAAUCUGGGUCACAUUUUCCUGUAGCAGGAAAAGUUGCCGUAGCGCUACCUCUUUAGCACGUGGCGACAUGUUGGACGUGCAGAAAAUAUGGCGUUUUUAGAAUUUAUUCGUAUUGAUUUUGCUCCUAAUUUUUCUCAUAUUCACAGCUUUUGUUACUCGUUUAAAUUGAAACAACCGAUUAUUUUUUUGCUUUGUUUUUCAAGAACAAAUAAUUCUACUUUGCUUUGUGUGCCGAUAA